AUGCCGGGAUAUGUUGAUUGGGUAUACCAUGGAGAAGGGGAUGACCAGGUGAUGGAAACAACCAAUACUGGAAAUGUGGUGCAGGACGAUGAUGAAGAAAUGUAUGAUUUGCUGCAUGAAAUGAACUAUGACGCCUCCAAUUUUUACAAGUUGCUGAACGAUGGGCAGGUGUCACUAUAUCCUGGCUGUGAAAAGUUUUCAAGAUUAUCCUUCAUUGUGCACUUUUUUCAUGUCAAGUCCCUCGGUGGAUUGAACAUCAAGGGGUUUGAUGCGUUGUUGAGUCUCUUGACCAAAGCCUUUCCGGAUGCCAAACUACCAAAGAAUUUUUAUGAAGCUAGAACAACAAUCAAGGGCUUGGGGCUUGGCUACAUUUUGAUCGAUGCUUGCGAGAAUGAUUGUGUUUUGUUCUGGAAAGAGAAUGCAGAUAAAACUUCGUGCCCGGUAUGUCAUGCUUCAAGAUGGAAAACUACUGAAUUGAAUGUGGAUAAUGAAUCAAUCAAAAGGACACCAAGAGGUAAAAACAUUCCAGUAAAGCAAUUGCGGUACUUCCCAUUGAAGCCAAGACUUCAGAGGUUAUUUAUGUCUUCAAAGACCGCUUCUUAUAUGCGAUAUCAUGCCAAAAGACGUCCCAAAGAUGGAGUUUUGAGGCAUCCAGUUGAUGCAGAGACAUGGAAGACCUUUGAUAAGAAGCACCCAGCGUUUGCAGCUGAUCCUCACAAUGUAAGACUUGCAUUAGCAACUGAUGGGAUGAAUCCGUUUGGGAAUAUGUUGCAUCCACAUAGUACAUGGCCAGUUGUUCUCAUCAAUUAUAACUUACCACCGUGGUUGUGUAUGAAAGAGGAAAAUUUUAUCUUGUCUAUGAUAAUUACUGGACCCAAAUCCACAGGAAACGACAUCGAUGUGUAUUUGCAACCACUCAUAGAGGAAUUGAAGGAAUUGUGGGAUGAAGGUGUUGAAACUUACGAUAUUUCAAAGAAAGAGAAUUUUAAAUGUCGUGCAGCAUUACUUGGCACCAUCAGUGAUUUUCCUGCACUAGCUAUGCUUUCCGGGUGGAGAACCAAAGGGGAAUUUGCUUGUCCGUGCUGUGUGCCUGACCGAUGUUCAGAACGGCUGAGCAAUGGGGACAAGUAUUGUUACAUGCAUCAUCGCCGAUACUUGCCCGCUGGUCAUCAUUGGCGCCACCAGAAGUCAGCCUUUGAUGGAGAGAAAGAACUUCGAGAACCACCACAUCUGAUGAAUGGGGAUGAAAUUGCUCAACAGCUGGCUCAUUUUCGACAAGUUCAGUUUGGUAAGAACGCCAAACAGACUGGUCUGACAGAAAUAACACCGGUUACUUUUGAACACAACUGGAAAAAAGAGAGCAUAUUUCAUGGGUUGUCGUACUUAAGAUCAAUUAUAUAUUUUUAUAAUGUCGAUGUGAUGCACGUUGAGAAGAAUAUUUGUGAAACUGUAUUGGGCACAAUGAUGAAUGUAUAA